AUGGCCAGACUCUGCUUUCUGUUGUUCCUAACGGUGACCAUUAGAAGAUGCAGUGCAGGUAAACAGCACUUUUUGUUUGCUAACACCUACUGUGGUGGUUUUUCCUUCCGUUCCAUGCCUACAAGCUGCAAGGAAAUAAAAGAAAGUUGCCAUACAGCACCAGAUGGCCUGUAUUUCCUGAGUACUAAGAAUGGUGUCAUCUACCAGACCUUCUGUGACAUGACCUCUGGGGGCGGUGGCUGGACCCUGGUGGCCAGUGUGCAUGAGAACAACAUGUUUGGGAAGUGCACAGCAGGUGAUCGUUGGUCCAGUCAGCAGGGCAACAGAGCAGACUACCCAGAAGGGGACGGCAACUGGGCCAAUUACAACACCUUUGGCUCUGCAGAGGGAGCCACGAGCGAUGACUACAAGAACCCCGGCUACUAUGACAUCCAGGCUGGCGACCUGGGCAUCUGGCAUGUGCCCAACAAGUCCCCACUGCAGCGCUGGAGAAACAGCUCCCUGUUGAGGUAUCGCACCAACAAUGGCUUCUUCUCCGGUAUGGGAAAUAACCUGUUUGGACUCUACCAGAAAUAUCCAGUGAAAUAUGGAGUAGGAAGAUGUUGGGCUGAUAAUGGCCCUGCAAUUCCUGUGAUCUAUGACUUUGGUAAUGCUCAGAAAACAGCAUCUUACUACUCACCAUUAAGUCAGAGAGAAUCUGUUGCAGGAUUUGUCCAGUUCAGGGUGUUUAAUAAUGAGAGAGCUGCCAAUGCCCUGUGUGCUGGAAUAAGAGUUACUGGCUGCAACACUGAGCAUCACUGCAUUGGAGGAGGAGGGUUCUUCCCAGAGAGCAGUCCCAGGCAGUGUGGGGAUUUCUCAGCCUUUGAUUGGGAUGGAUAUGGAACCCACAAAGGCUCCAGCUCCAGUCGACAGAUAACUGAGGCAUCUGUGCUGCUGUUCUACAGAUGA